AUGGAAAGCAUUCAAACAGUGAAAUUGGGCGAACCCUGGGAACAGAGAGUCCGCACCGUUCAGUACAGCACUGGUAUAGCAGUGGAGAUGCGCUCAUCAAAUAUACUGGCCUCAGCCACGGCUUCCAUCUCGACUCACGGACAAACCAGUCGGUCGACGCCUCGCAUCUCAAUUCAGGUCAAAGUAGAGGAAAACAGCGUCAGUAGUGCCGAAGACAACAGCAAUGGCGACGGCUGUAAUGGUUCCGCUGUGAACGCCGGCCAACAACUGUCCGCCGGCAACAAUUGGCCCAACGCUUGCAUCUAUAAGUGCAACAUCUCUGCCGACGCGCGCCGUUAUGUCUACAGCGAAGACAAAUGCUUAGAACCAGACAUUGAGUCGUCCAAGAAUCAGGAAAACGAAACAAAUUUAAUUGCUUUGAGGGAUCAGUUCCUCUGCAAUGGAAGCGCUUUUACAACAAAUGCACAGCAAAAUAGUCAACAUUACAACAUUGUCGACAAUUAAUUAGACCCAAUCUAUUGGAAUUGGGAACAAGUGAGACAAUGGCUCGAAUGGACGAUCAAAGACUAUUCACUCCACGACAUAGACAUCAAUCGAUUCAAUCAUUUUGUUGGCAAAGACUUGUGUCGUAUGACUCGCGAAGACUUUAAAAAGACAUUACUAACACUGCUAUGCAUUGACCCAAACGGCCCGUACUAUCCAUACGUACAUUCACUGCCAAAAUGCACUUCAUUUCAGUGCUCGUAA